AUGGCAAGACCAGAGGAGCAGAGACCACGAUGGACCGAAGAAGAAGACCGGAUGCUCUUUGAAUGUAAAAGCAGAAAUUUGGAUCUACCUUGGCCAAAUAUAGCAGAGCUGGCAGGGCUGAGCAGGAGUGGUAAGAGUUGUAGGGAGAGGUGGAAAAACCACCUGGAUCCUAAUGUUAAGAGAGGGAACUUCUCUCAAGAGGAAGACGAAACCAUCAUCCGCCUCCAUUCAAGUCAUGAGAAUAGGGGAACCGAUAAUGCUGUCAAGAACCGCUGGAACAACCAUUUGAAGAAUAAGCUAAUUGGGAGAAGUACUGAUCAUCAGAAUAUUCCUGACCCACAAAGUAGCACCGAAGAUCAGCCACACGCCACACAACUCUUUCAUCUCAACCACAAUAUUAAUCCACACGCAAGCUCAAGCUCCAUUCCUUCACCGAGUGAUGAUGAGACUAUCCAUCACGCUUUCGGGGGAGAUUACUUUGCGUUUGAGCCCACACAACUCUUUCAUCUCAACUACAAUAUUGAUCCAAACCCAAGCUCAAGCUCAAUUACUACACCGGUUUCAGCGUCACAAGAAAUCGCCAACCCUUGGUCCAGUUUUGAAUUUGCCUACCCAUAUCUUCCGAUUGAUCGUGAGACUAUCCAUCACUCUCUCGGUGGAAAUUACUUUGAGUUUGAGCCCACACAACUCUUUCAUCUCAACCACAAUAUUGAUCCAAACGCAAGCUCAAGCUUGAUUCCUACACCGGUUUCAACAUCACAAGAUAUCGCCAGUCCUUGGUCCAGUUCUGAAUUAGCCUACAUAGAAUUUUCAGGGGGAUAUCUUCCGAGUGAUGAUGAGAAAAUCCAUCACUCUUUCAGGGGAGAUUACUCUGAGUUUGAGCCCACACAACUCUUUCAUCUCAACCACAAUAUUGAUCCAAAAGCAUGCUCAAGCUCGAUUCCUACACUGGUUUCAGUCUCACAAGAAAUCGUCAACCCUUGGUCCACUUUUGAAUUAGCCUACCCAGAAUUUCCAGGAGGUUAUCUUCAGAGUUAUGAUGAGACUAUCUGUCACUCUUUGGAGGGAGAUUACUUUGAGUUUGAGCCCACACAACUCUUUCAUCUCAACCACAAUAUUGAUCCAAACGCAAGCUCAAGAUCGAUUCCUACAUCGGUUUCAGCCUCAGAAGAAAUCGCCAGCCUUGGUUUCAGCCUCACCGGAGAGCGAGUUCAUGCCAACUGA